AUGUCUCAACCUCCUGCUAAGCGCCAAAAGCGCGCCGAGUAUCGCAAACAAGCCGCCGAAGCGGUCGUUGCGCAACCGGACGAGUCCGCCCCCGUGGCCCAUGUUAAGCUCCCUAAGAAGAAGUUCUAUCGUCAGCGGGCGCAUGCGAAUCCGUUCUCGGACCACCAGUUGAACUAUCCCCUCAGCCCGGCGCAUAUGGACUGGGCGUCGCAUUUCCCUGCCUUCGUAAACCCCGAUGCCACGCAGACGAACCUCAUCGGGACGAGAAAGCUGCUUAAGGAUGUGGAGGUUGUGGAUAUUGGAUGUGGAUUUGGUGGCUUGCUUGUUGGUCUGGCGGGGUUGUUGCCGGAGACAUUGAUGGUUGGAAUGGAAAUCCGCAUCGCCGUCCUCGAAUACCUGAACACUCGUAUCCAAGCGCUCCGCGUCCAACAACAGCAACAGCAACAGAAGACACAAUCACACGCGGCUCUCGUCCCCGGAGGAUACCAAAACAUCUCUGCGAUCCGCAGCAACACGAUGAAGUUCUUCCCGAACUUCUUCAACAAACACCAGCUGUCGAAGAUCUUCAUCUGUUUCCCGGACCCGCACUUCAAGGCGAGGAAGCACAAGGCGCGCAUUAUCUCCGAGACCUUGAAUGCCGAGUAUGCGUAUGCGCUGCGCCCUGGCGGUCUUUUGUACACUAUUACGGAUGUGGAGGAGUAUCAUCAUUGGAUUCUGAGACAUUUCCGGGAUGAGAGUGCCUUGUUUGAGAGGGUGUCUGAGGAGGAGUUGGAGAAGGAUGAGUGUGUUAAGGUUAUGAAGGAGGCGACGGAGGAGGGAAAGAAGGUCACGAGGAAUAAGGGAAAUAAGUACGUUGCUGUGUUCAGGAGAAAGGAGGAUCCGGAGUGGGCUUGA